CAGCAAAAAUAGUAGGAAUAAAAUAGGAAUCGCGUAGAGUUGAAUGAAAACUAGUGAAAAUAGAGUUGCUAAAUAAAAGUGUUCGCUAGAAGCAGGAGAGAAGACAAAUUCUGCUGUUUUGAGUGGGUGUGUUUGUGCAUACCCAUCAACAUUUAACCGCAGCAGCAGCGAUAUGGCUCAGGAAAAGAUAACCCUCGCCGAUGCGCUGUCCAACGUGGAGGUGCUGGACGAGCUGCCGUUGCCGGAUGAGCAGCCGUGUAUUGAGGCGCAGCCCUGUUCCGUGGUUUACCAGGCCAACUUCGACACCAACUUCGAGGACCGGAACGGGUUCGUGACGGGAAUCGCUAAAUACAUCGAAGAGGCAACCACUCACGCGAAUCUGAAUCAACUGCUCGACGAGGGCCAAAAGCAUGCCGUCAUGCUUUACACGUGGCGUUGCUGCUCUCGGGCAAUUCCGCAGCCGAAAUCGAACGAACAACCGAACCGGGUCGAAAUCUACGAGAAGACCGUUGAAGUGCUCAGCCCGGAAGUGAAUAAACUUCUAAACUUUAUGUAUUUUCAGCGCAAAGCCAUAGAGGCAUUUUCCGGCGAGGUGAAGCGCCUCUGUCACGCCGAAAAGCGAAAGGACUUUGUGUCGGAGGCAUACCUGCUGACGCUCGGGAAGUUCAUCAACAUGUUCGCCGUACUGGAUGAGCUGAAAAAUAUGAAAUCGAGUGUAAAGAAUGAUUACAGCACGUACCGCCGGGCGGCCCAGUUCCUGAAGGUGAUGACGGACUCGCACAGCCUGCAGGAGUCGCAGAAUCUGUCGAUGUUUCUCGCGACGCAAAACAAGAUCCGCGACACGGUGAAGGACACGCUGGAGAAGAUCCCGGGUUACGAGGAGCUGCUGUCGGACGUGGUCAACAUUUGCGUGCAUAUGUACGAGUCGAAGAUGUACAUGACGCCCGAGGAGAAGCACAUGCUGGUGAAGGUGAUGGGCUUCGGGCUGUUUCUGAUGGACUCGGAAAUAUGCAACAUCAAUAAGCUGGACCAGAAGAAGAAGCUCCGACUCGAUCGAAUCGAUCGCAUCUUCAAGAACCUGGAGGUGGUACCGCUGUUCGGCGAUAUGCAGAUCGCCCCGUUCAACUACAUCAAGCGCAGCAAGCACUUCGACCCGAGCAAGUGGCCGUUGUCCAGCUCGACGGCGAUCAGCCCGCAGGCGGACCUGAUGGUGCAUCUGCCAACGAUCCGCGAGGAUCAUGUGAAGUACAUUUCGGAGCUGUCGCGCUACAGCAACGAGGUGACGACCACGUACAAGGACAACGCGACGGACGCGGAGAACAAGGCGACGGCGGAUCUGGCGCUACGCGGCCUGCAGCUCCUAUCCGAGUGGACUUCGGUCGUGACGGAGCUAUACUCGUGGAAGCUGCUGCACCCGACCGACCACCACAUGAACAAGGAGUGCCCGGCCGAGGCGGAGGAGUACGAGCGGGCGACCCGUUACAACUACAGCGAGGACGAGAAGUUUGCCCUGAUCGAGGUGAUCGCCAUGAUCAAAGGUCUGCAGGUGCUGAUGGCGCGCAUCGAAACGGUGCUGUGCGAGGCGAUCCGGCGCAGCAUCUACGCCGAGCUGCAGGACUUUGUGCAGCUGGUGCUGCGCGAGCCGCUGCGCAAGGCGGUCAAGAACAAGAAGGAUCUGAUUAGAUCGAUCGUGAUGUCGGUGCGGGAAACGUGCGCCGACUGGCAAAAGGGAACCGAGCCGGCCCAGGAUCCGGCGCUCAAGGGCAAGAAAGACCCGGACAGCGGCUUCCAGAUCAACGUACCGCGGCUUAACGUCGGCCCGUCCUCGACCCAGCUGUACAUGGUGCGCACGAUGCUGGAGUCGCUGAUCGCCGACAAGUCCGGGGGUAAGCGCACGCUGCGCAAGGACAUCGACGGUUCCUGCCUGCUGCAGAUCGACGCGUUCCACAAAGCAUCCUUCUACUGGACGUUCCUGCUGAGCUUCAGCGAAACGCUCCAGAAGUGCUGCGAUCUCUCACAGCUUUGGUACCGGGAGUUUUAUCUCGAGAUGACCAUGGGCCGCAAAGUAAACAAAUGUACCGUGCGUCACCAGCACAACGAAGAGUGCAGCGAUCUGAUAACGAUGGAGAAGCGCAUUCAGUUCCCGAUUGAGAUGUCGAUGCCGUGGAUUCUGACCGACCAUAUCCUGCGCACCAAGGAACCGUCGAUGAUGGAGUACGUCCUGUACCCGCUCGACCUCUACAACGAUUCGGCGCUGUACGCGCUCACCAUCUUCCGCAAGCAGUUCCUGUACGACGAGGUUGAGGCCGAGGUGAACCUGUGCUUCGACCAGUUCGUGUACAAGCUGAGCGAGCAGGUGUUCGCGCACUACAAGCAGCUGGCGGGCAGCAUCUACCUGGACAAGCGGUUCCGGGUGGAGUGCGAGGUGCUCGGCUUCAACUUCCAGUCGUACCCGCGCAACAAUCGCUACGAAACGCUUUUGAAGCAGCGCCACGUCCAGCUGCUCGGCCGCUCGAUCGACCUGAACAAGCUGAUCACGCAGCGCAUCAACGCCGACAUGCAGAAGAGCCUGGAGCUGGCGAUCUGCCGGUUCGAGGCGAGCGACAUUACCGGCGUGGUCGAGCUGGAGGCCCUGCUGGCGGUGAACAAGCUCUGCCACAAGCUGCUCUCCAAGUGGCUGGCGCUGGACGACUUCGACGCGAUGCUGAAGGAGGCGAACCACAACGUGCUGGCGCCGUACGGGCGCAUAACGCUGCACGUAUUCGUCGAGCUCAACUACGACUUCCUCGCGAACUACUGCUACAAUGCGGCCACCAAUCGCUUCGUGCGCAACAAGCUGCAGAUCUCGUUCUCGGGGCCGAUCACGCGCGAGAAGGCACCGGUCAUGUCGCACUACUACCUGUGGGGCUCGAAGCCACUGAACGCGGCCUACUCGACGCAGUACAGCCAGUACGGUGGCUUCGUCGGGGCACCUCACUUUCACGCCAUCUGCCGCCUGCUCGGCUACCAAGGCAUUGCGGUCGUGAUGGAGAUCAUCCUGAAGGACAUCGUCAAGCCGCUGGUGCAAGGCAACCUGCUGCAGUUCACCAAGACGCUCAUGUCGGCGAUGCCGAAGAGCUGCAAGCUGCCCCUCUGUGACUACGGUUCGCCCGGCGUGCUGAGCUACUACCAGGCACACCUCGUCGACAUCGUGCAGUACCCGGACGCCAAGACCGAACUGUUCCAGUCGUUCCGCGAGAUGGGCAAUUCGCUGCUGUUUUGCCUGCUGAUCGAGCAGGCGCUGUCGCAGGAGGAGGUGUGCGAUCUGCUGCACGCCGCCCCGUUUCAAAACAUCCUUCCCCGUCCGUUCUGCAAGGACGGCGAGAAGCCCGAGAGCAAGCAGAAGCGGCUGGAGGCAAAGUACGCCUCGCUCCAGAUUGUUCCCAAUGUCGAAAAGCUGGGAACCGCCAAGCAAGCUAUGAUUGCCCGCGAGGGGGAUCUUCUAACGCGCGAACGUCUGUGCUGUGGGCUGAGCAUCUUCGAGGUGAUCCUGAGUCGCGUCAAGUCGUUCCUGGAUGAUCCGAUCUGGACCGGGCCGCCCCCGAUCAACGGCGUCAUGCACAUCGACGAAUGCUCCGAGUUCCACCGGCUGUGGUCGGCACUGCAGUUUGUCUACUGUAUUCCGGUCGCCGGAACCGAGUACACGGUCGAGGAAUUGUUCGGCGAAGGGCUUCACUGGGCGGGUUGCACCAUCAUCGUUCUGCUGAGCCAGCAGCGCAAGUUCGAGGCCCUCGACUUCUGCUAUCACAUUCUGCGCGUCCAGCGGGUCGACGGCAAGGAUGACACCGUGAAAGGAAUCAAUCUCAAGCGCAUGGUCGACCGGAUCCGCCGCUUUCAGGUUCUUAACUCGCAGAUCUUCGCCAUUCUGAACAAGUACCUGAAAAGCAACGACAUCGAGGGUUCGAACGUCGAGCACGUUCGUUGCUUUCCGCCGCCGCCACACCCAACCGUGGCACCCUCGCACUACCACGACCCGAACAAACUGCGGACGCAGUAGAGUGGAAACGUGCUUGAUUGAUUCCACACAACACCCCGCCAACAGAAACAACACCAACACCACCAGCGAAAACAGUGGGACGAACGAAAUCCCAAACUAGGCAUUUCUUAGCUUUUUCCUAUCGUUUAUUUUACCCGUGUGUAUAUGUUUCGCGUUACACAUCCUUGUUUAUUCUUAUCUAUGUUCUUUGUAUGCAUAAUGUUCUUGUUUAGGCUUAAAUUACAACUGUAGGGACCGAUAGACACCGGAGAGAGAAAGAAGGAUCAACUAAUUUUCUCUUUCUUUUCGAUUGCUUUAAAUUUCUGUUUUCUGUAUCGAAAUCGUAUUAUAAUGAAAUUGCUGCCUCCAUAUUGGCACACUAUCGUACUGAAUAGGUUAUACUUGCGCUUUCGAAUGGCAAUCUUUUCCGUUCUCAAAACGGAACCGAGCGAACCGUGUACGGUCUCUCCAAGGCAAAUAUUGUAGAUAGUUCGAUCUUCCUUCCGUGUGGUAUUGCCAACAGCUGUAGAAUUUCUCUAUUGGUGUGCUUCAGAAACAUCACACCCACGCACACACAAGAUCGUGUGUUCGUUGGAUGCGCAACCGGUUGAGGUCUUAGUGGUAACAUUUAUCGUAAGCAAAAAAUUGUGGCAAUAAGUUUUUCGUUUCGUUAUCGACAUAAUGAAACCAAUUUAUAUUCAUAAGGAUACUUUUUCUCUCUCUCUCUCUCUGUCUCUGUCUAUCCAAUAACGCUUAGUCAAUGAGAGAAUUGUUUAUUGCACUACAUAAUAUCAUCUAUGUAUUAUUCAUAAGAAUCAUUUUUACACUUAUAAUAUAUACAUAUAUUUAACGGAGAACCACGUAAACCCAAAAAAAACGUGCAAUUGCAGUGGAGUGUGCGCCGGGAAAAAACUUUGGCCUGUUGAAGGGGCGUGCCGUUCUCUCUGAGCCAACGCACGGUUAAGCGUUAGUGGUUUAAGACUUCGGUCUACUUGGUUAUCUGUUCGCUUCCAAACUUUGGCCAACGCUGCUUCAAAAAGCGGCAGCGUGGCCAGCAUUUUUGUAAUACAAGCCGAACGAAGAACGAAUUCGUUCGCGGGAAGUAGAGGAAGCGUAUCACACGUACACACACACACACAGACACAAACAGACACAUGCCAAAAGCCCUCGUACUAGCUAAUGUACCCUUUAAAACGUGAAGCAAACGUAAUCUUACAAGUUGUAAUAUCCAAAUUAUGAAUAAACGUACUCAU